AUCGCACACACACACACACACACACACUGCCAGACCCUAGAGUAUGUCGGUUGAUAAACGCAACCCAUACCCGAUUACGUACCCGAUUAGAUAAGAUGACCGAAAGAAAAGAUGACAAACAAACAGGGCGACAACGACGACGACGACGGGAUCCACCCAGUGGUAGCGCGCCUUGCACGGAUCCCCGCCGGUGGGAACUUUAUCAGUUGUUGCCACAUCGUACCUGAAAGCGAAAGCAAAUCCUCGACCGCCAUGCCUCGACUCGAUCUGUACUAUAACAUCAUAUCGCCCCCGUGCCGAGUGGUGCUGCUGUUUGCGAAAUGGUUGAAGCUGGAGCUGAACCUCAUCGAGCUGGACGUGUUGAAGCGCGACCACUACAAGCCCGAAUUUCUCAAGCUCAAUCCCCAGCACUACAUUCCCACGCUGGUCGACGCCGAUGGUGACGUGGUGGUGUGGGAAUCGAGCGCCAUCCUGAUCUAUCUGGCCGAACGGUACGGUGCAGCAGACGACGAUACGCUCUACCCGAAGGAUAUUGCACUGCGCGCGAAAGUCAACCAGCGGCUGUUUUACGACAUCGGAACGCUGAUGCGCAGCGUGACCACCUACUACCACCCCAUCCUGAUGGGGGGCGAGGGCAAGCUGGAAGACUUUAAGAAGGUGCAGGAUGCGGUCGGCGUGCUGGACAGCUUUCUGAGCGCGAGCCGCUGGACGGCGGGCGAUCACAUAACGGUGGCGGAUUUCGCGAUCGCAGUGACGGUGGCCGCCCUGGACGGAUUGCUCAACUUUGACUUUAGCGUGUAUCCCAACGUGCACCGGUGGUACGAGCAGUGCAAGCGCGAGCUCGUCGGUUACACGGACAUUACGAAGGAGGCGGCCCAACGGACGCAAGCCUUCCUGGAGCGAUUUCGUGCUAUGCGGGCCGCCGACCAGCAGCAACUGUGCGAACAGCAACGAACCGUGCGGCAAAAGCAAAAGGAGGACGGGACCGAUCAACAGCAGCAGCAGCAGCAACAACAUUACACCGAACUGCAGACGCAGCCACGAUCGGGACGGACACGCGACACCGCACCGGACUAUGCAAGAAAGCCGGAUGAGUCGACAAGAAUGGCCACGGAAGAUUAGGAUUAGCAUCUCGGUGGCGCAAACGGUCGCCCAACGAAGUAACGUGACAAACGCUUCUGUGCAGUGUGCGCGGCGAGUCAAUAAAUGGACCCGAAACGUGCCACGCUUAUCGCUUGCCAACGGGCGACCGAGCGAUGCACAGGUUUUGAGGAGUAA